AUGAGCGCUGCGGAGAAGAAGGUGGUCAAGCUCAUCAGCGCCGAGGGCUUUGAGUUCGUGGUGGACUACGAUGCCGCCUGCGUGAGCAAUACCAUAAAGAACAUGCUCAACUCGCAAGGCAGCUUCAUCGAGAACGAGCAGGGCGAGAUCCGGUUUCCAGAGAUCACCACGCCCGUGAUGGAGGUGGUGUGCAAGUAUUUCUACUAUAAGCUGCGGUAUGCCAACACGGCCAGCAAGAGCAUCCCGGAGUUCAAGGUGGCGCCGGAGAUGGCACUAGAGCUGCUGAUGGCGGCAAAUUACUUGGACACGUGA